AUGCACGGCAUUCUCUUCGCUUCGCUCCUCUUACACCUAGUGCCGAGGACGCUCGCCGUCUCCAAUUCGACAUGCUACUUUUCCAAUUCCAACAUCGCCAAGAACGAUGUCCCUUGCGACCCCAAUGCCGAAGUGAGCGUCUGCUGCUCCAAAUCGGAAGGCACAGUAUGUCUUGAGAAUGGUCUCUGUCAGGAUAGCGGCGGUCACAAGAGUCGUGGAUCGUGUACGGAUCAGAACUGGGACUCAGAGUGGUGUCCUCAGUUUUGUCUGGACACCGAUGCGAGCGACGGUGUUGGCAUGAAGUCGUGUUCAUCCACCACCAAGAAAGACACCUCGUAUUGCUGUUGGUACUCGGCCGACAGCUGCUGCUCGACUGGAGUCAACCGCAUUGAACUUCUGCCCUCCAAUCCGGGUAUAUGGGCAUCAUACGACAACUCUUCAAGCUCAUACGACGUUGUGAAGAGCCGCACAUUGGUCUCGAGUUCGUCCACGCAGGUCUCAACAAGCACAUCGUCGUCGUCGUCAACCUCCUCCUCCACCAGCAGCGCAACUACCACGACAUCCGCCUCCUCACCGACCUCGACCAGCGACGAGAGUACUUCAGGCAGCAGCAGCGGUGGGCUGACCACAGGGGCAAAGGCGGGUAUCGGUAUCGGCGUCUCGCUCGGAGUGAUUGCCCUGCUCUGCCUUGGGUUCUUCCUGAACCGCUGGUACGAGGCCAAGAAACGGGCAGCCGCGCAGGCGCAGGAACAGGAGUAUCCUCACUCGCCCGGCAAGUAUUCCGAGCUGGCGAGCUGGGGCACAACGCAAUCGCAAGCCUACUCAUCACCGCAUGGCACGGCUUAUGCAACUCCCCAUGUAACACCUCACACAACCUCGCCGCCAUAUGAUCCUCGGUUCCCCGUAGGGCCGUCCAUGCCUCCAGUUGAGAUGCCGGCCAGGCACACUCCUGCCGUCGAAAUGCCCGCCCAUUAG